AUGACUACCACUCUGCAAGAGCCGACUCCUCCCCACGUCAAGACCGAAGAGGAGCUAGACCGGGGUCGUCCACGCAGCCGCUCGCAGGAUAAGGACAGCAACAGCGACGGCUUGGGCGACGACGCCGGCGGUGACGGCGAUCCCAAUGGCGAAAACUCUUCGAACUCUGACGGCGGGCCUUCGCGCAAGAGGCGAAGAAGCCGCAAGGGCCUCGACAAGAAGUUCGAAUGCCCUCACAACGGUUGUGGAAAGAGCUAUUCAAGAGCUGAGCAUCUACAUCGUCACCAGCUGAACCACACGCCCAAGCAGAUCUACAUGUGCGAUUAUCCCGGCUGUGAACGCCAUUUUGUUCGCCUGGACCUUUGCAACCGUCACCGGGAUCGCCAUACUGCCAAGGGCUCGUCACUAAAUCGGAAGGAUACUUUGACAAGCCAGACCUCGCCCAUCCAGGACUCGCGGCCCACGUUUGCCGCACGUGGAUCCAUGUCUCCCGAUAGGAACCGACCUGGCACUGGAUACAACAAGAUCGGCGGUGGAAACUCGACCCCCAUGCCGUAUAUACCCAUCUCAAACACACCGCCGGGCAUGUACUCGAACGGCGUCCCCACAACUAACGGCCUCGACUACGGAUCUCAGGACCCCUCUGUCGUAUCAUACGGACAGUCUGUCGACCGCCAGCGAUCACACGCGACUUACCAGCCCCCAUCUAGCCCCCAACGCUCGUCUAUUCAGGCCAGCGUUGAUCCGUACGGUGUCAUGUCACCAAUUCCGGCCCAACAAGGCCUCAAAGGCCAAGCAAUGGCCGGAACUCCACAGACCUCUGUAUUUGUGCAGCCCCAAAAUUUCCCACCCUUCAGCUUGCCACCGUCAAACUUUGCGUCUACACAAGCCGCUGGUGUCACUCGUGAGGCCAGCGUGCCAACAACUGCUCCAGCUAUGGGAUACAUGGCAGAAACAACCGAGUAUGAUGCAAGCGCUUCUCAGGCUGGCAGCGAGAUGAUGGCACUGGAUCAGCUCUCGAUGCCCAACACUAUGCCGAUGUUUGGCAGCGAAUCGGUUCUGCAGAAGUCGCCGUAUGUUGGGCUACCAGAGGAUUUUAUGACCUACCUGUUCAACGCCUCAUCACAGGAAGGCUCGCCCAUGGGCACAGUGGUCUAUCCGAACUAUGCCGAGGUUCAAAACCAGUACAGCGUACCCUAUUAUGGUUCAGAAGCGGCUCAAAUGGGCUACUUUCCGACAGCGCCGCAGCAGGUCAUGUCUGUGACCAAUCUGCUGGACCAAAAUCUGCCCGAAUCGGUCAUCUCCGACGAGAAGAGUUUGGAGUUGUUCGAGCUGAUCAGGGAUCGUUUCCAAGAUAGCGGCCAGUCGCCCAUUGCGCGGCGCAAGGAGAUGAUACUAGAAGGCGACCGCAGUGACGAUUCCCACAUGCUCAGCCGCAAAAUGAUGCAGGCAUACAUUGUGUCCUACUGGCUCCAUUUCAGCGACCAACUGCCCAUCUUGCACAAACCGACGUUCUCACCCGAUCUGACGCCAAAUUUGCUACUUCUCUCCAUGAUAACGAUCGGUGCAGCAUGUCUGGACAAGGCGCAUGGCCAGAAGACUAUUAAAGCUGGUGCCGAGCUCUCCAACUUUCUGGCAUCCCACUUGCGAUGGGAGCUUUUCAUGGACCCCAAUUUUCGCCCUCCGGCCAAGCUCUGGGUAUUUCAAACACUCCUCUUGCUCGAGCUGUAUGAGAAGAUGUACUCGACACGGGAGUUGCACGAGCGUGCCCACAUCCACCAUGCCACCACCAUCACCCUCAUGCGUCGUGGCCGGUCGCUGAUUGGGAGGUCAGCGGUCGAGUCGCCCCCAAACUUGCGCAACGGCGACAAGGACCGUGGGUCGCGACAGUCCUCGACGUCCGGCGUGGCGCACACGGCGGACCACUGGUGGAACAACUGGAUCACGAACGAGGCAACUCGGCGCACUGCCUUUGCCGCCUUUGUUAUCGACUCGAUCCAUGCCACCAUGUUCGGCCACUCCACUGUGAUGGUGGCCCACGAGAUGCGCCUGCCACUUCCUUGUGACGAAAAGCUAUGGAUGGCCACGAACGGCGCCGAGGUCGGUCGAAUCGAAGCGCAGCUGGCGUCAGAAGAGGUCAAACCCAUUUCGUUCCUAGAGGGUCUCAAACGAACACUGAGUGGCGUUGAAGUGAAGACAAACUCUUUCGGUCGCACCAUUUUGAUGUCGGGGCUGCUCAGCAUCAGCUGGCACAUGCACCAGCGAGAUCUGCAAGUGAACUCGCUGGGCGGGUCGCAGGCUUUGGGCGGACGCGACAAGUGGCGCGGCACGUUGACUCGGGCUUUCGACUCGUGGAAGGCCGACUAUGACAAGUCCUUCCGCCGAACCGAUGGCGGCGUCGACCCCUAUUCGUAUGACCCGACGAACAGUCAGACCGAGAUCAACGCCGUGUUCGAGAGCCGCGUGGUGCUGCACCAUCUCGCGCACAUGGCCAUGCAUGUGGACGUAGUCGACCUGCAGAUCUACGCACGGGCAAAGCGCCUGCUCGGACGGGCGAUCGGCUCGCAGGACCUCAACAGUGCGCAGCGGCGGAUGAAGGACUUGUGGGCGCCGUCGGCCAAGGCCCGUGACGCGACGUACUACGCCCUGCAGUUUCUGUGUUCGGUACUGCUACGCAAUGAGGGCAACAGCCCGCUUACAAACGAAUACAACCAGUCCGACAGCGAGACCUAUUCGGCCCGCGACGACUUCCUGUUGAACCGGCCAUGGGUUCUCUACUUUGCCGCCCUCGUUGUGUGGUGUUAUGGCUAUGCCUUGGAGGGACCAAGCACUGGCGUGGUCUUACCGAAAACACGACAGGAGCAGGUGCAAUUGAUGCGGGAGUAUUUGCACCGUUGUGGCAGCAUCACGUCGCCGGAAGAUCUCAAGACCAAGAGGGGGCUCAACCAGAAUAGUGCCCUGUUGCUCGUGCUCAGGGACACCUUUAACAACACUCGGUGGGAGCUUCUGCACGAAGGUGCUACGUUGUUGGGGAACUGCAUCCAGCUGAAUGUCGGGCAGCAAGUAUGA